AUGUCUUUUGAUCGCCUCAACUCGCUGGAGGCGCAGCCUACCACUAUGCGCAGGGAUGAAGACCCGCAAUACCGCGACGAUCCGGGCUUCGAUCAUCUGGCUGAGACGCUCUCUGAUCAGUUGUUUACAUUGACUUCCAAUAUUUCUCGCCUGUCUAACCAGAUCGCCCUUCUUGGAACUAAGCGAGACACCGAACGUGUGCGCGAGCGAGUUCAUAAUCUCUUGGAGGAGACCCGUGCGGGGUUCAAGGAUGUAGGAGAAGGGAUCAAGAAGGUCCAGACCUGGGAAGAUGUGAAUCCCUCCCAGAAGUGGACACAACAGAAGCUAUCGUCUGAAUUUAAGGCCACCUUGGAUGAAUUUCAAACAGUACAACGCCGGGCGCUUGAGAAACAGCGUGCCUCGGCAGCUGCUGCCCGUACGGCAGUCGAAGAUGGCGAGCAACCAUUAAUCGACACCGAUGUGCAAUUACAAGAACAGCAAUUGGAGGAACAGCAUCGUAUGGCCAACCAGGGCGAGGUGGACUUCCAGGAGUCCCUUAUUAUCGAGCGUGAGACCGAGAUCCGGAACAUUGAACAGAGUGUGGGAGAACUGAACGAGCUGUUCCGAGAUGUUGCUCACAUCGUCACCGAACAAGGCGGUCAGUUGGAUAUCAUCAGUGAGAAUGUCCAGAACGUCACUCAAGACACCCGGGGUGCCAACGUCGAGCUGCGCAGUGCCAGCAGAUAUCAGAAGAAUGCACGCAACAGGGCAUGCUGUCUGUUCGUGAUUCUUGCUGUCAUCCUUCUUAUCAUCGUCCUUGCGAUCGUCCUUGGAUAA